GCUGAUAGUUCACUGGGAAAUGUUAAACUAGCUUGCUAGUUUUUGAGUGUAAAGAGCAUUUUAACUGCUUUGCAGCCCUCUCUAAGAGAGUAAUGUUCACAAACUGUUCCCUCGGACAUUGUCAUAUUAUCAUUGCUGUGGUUCUUUGGUCCAUUUGUGUAGACUCGCGGAAAAUCAGAGGAAUUUCUUUAUCGUAUAAGAGGUUUUAUAGAGAAAGAAAGUCCUUCCUGUGUAUCGAUGGGUCUAAAAUGAUCCCCUUUGACCAGGUGAAUGACGACUACUGCGACUGUAUGGAUGGAUCAGAUGAACCAGGCACUGCAGCCUGUCCUAAUGGCCGAUUCUACUGCACCAACCUCGGCUACCGCUCUCACUACAUACCGUCAUCACGUGUCAAUGAUGGCAUCUGCGACUGCUGUGACGCUUCAGAUGAGUACAGAAGCCAAACGCCUUGCCAAAACACAUGCAGGAAUCUGGGACAGAGGGAGCGAGCGGAGGUGGAGGGCCAGACGAGGGUCCUGGGUGAGAGGCUGAGACUCAAGCAGCUGCUGAUUGAGGAAGGCGUCCUCACCUGGCGGGAGAAACAGGCCCAGCUUCGUGACCUGCAGCGGGUCUCUGACAACCUACAGACCCAACUGGAUGAUCUCAGGAAGGAGGAGGCAAGGAGGAAGGAGGAGGCAGACGCACUCAGAGAGAGGGAGAUGGGGGCACGGGAAACGGAGGACAACAGUCCCACGAGUCACUACAGGCCUGAGUCUCCAAUCAGCGUUUUCAAAGAGUUGGACAGCAAUAGAGAUGGAAGUAUUACCGUGGAUGAAGUCCAGGCGAAACUCUCUCCCGUCCAGGAUGAGGAGCGUGCUCUAUCUGAAGAUGAAGCUGUGGCUUUGCUAGGAGGGGCCCACCGGGUUGAUCUCUCCAGGUUUGAGGAGACACUCUGGACCAGUCUGAGGACGGGUGACAGUGUAACAAUCAAAGGGAGACAUGGUGUGCCAGGCAGUCUGGCAGAUGAAGACCCCAACAUCAAGGCCGCCGUGAGCGCUGCUGAAAAGGCGGCUGCUGAUCUAAAGAGAGUUGAAGACGUGUACGAUACGGUGUACAUGGAAAUCAGGGACCUAAGGGAGAAACUUUCCAUAGACUACGGAUCAGAGAGAGAGUUUCUAUCCCUGCAUAACCAAUGUUUCCAGCUGAAGGUCUAUGAGUAUAUUUACGAGCUGUGUCCCUUCAGUCAAGUAACGCAGAAGAGUGCUUCAGGAGAAGUGGUGUCCUUAGGAACAGCCUCAAUUCAUCAGGGCAUAUGGACUCUACAAGGUGUGGAAAGCGUUCCACAGGGAUGUUGGCUCAUGUUGACUCCAAUGCUUCUCACAGUUGUGUCAAGUUGGCUGGAUGUCCUUUGGGUGGUGGACCGUUAUUGACACACACAGGAAAAACUGUUGAGAGUGGAAAAACCCAGCAGCUUUGCUGUUCUUGACACAAACUGGUGCGCCUGGCACCUACUACCACACCCCGUUCAAGGGCACUUCAAUAUUUAGUCUUGCCCAUUCACCCUUUGAAUGGCACACAUCACAAUCCAUGUCUUCAAGGCUUAAACAUCCUUCUUUAACCCGUCUCCUCCCCUUCAUCUACACGGAUUGAAGUGGAUUUAACAAGUGACAUCAAUAAGGGAUCAUAGCUUUCACCUGGAUUCACUUGGUCAGUCUAUGUCAUGGAAAGAGCAGGUGUUCAUAAUGUUUUGUACACUCAGUGUAUAUGCGAAUGGGAAGCACCAAAAUGUAUAUGAUUAUAAGGAAACUGCGCAUUUGAAUUCAGUCCUAGCUAGAAUAAUUACGACUCGGUUAGCUAUUAGCAUCACAUUCUCUACACGGUUUCUUAGAAGACUGUGCACUUUAAAUCAUUAUGAGUUGACUGAGGUAAAUGGAACUUGGAAAAGUAACAAUUAGACUUUUGUGACAGGUCUCUCUAGUCCUUCAAACAGGUAUCUUCUAUUUUGGCUGUUUGUUGAAAGAGGUUUCCAUCAAGAAAGAGUGCCAUUGUCACGUUUUGAGUCUUUUGAUGCUCUUUAAUCUGGCGGUCCUUUGUACUCGAUAUCAGAAGGACGUGACGAAGAGGGUGAGAGUAGUCAUCUUUAAUCCUUCUCUCAGUGCGGCCGACAAGCCUGACUGUUCGGAAUGCAUCUCUAUGUACAUUCUGUUUUUACUCAAUUUCGUUAAGCAAAUUAUUGUUUGAUGACAUAAUUUACGUUACAUAAUUGAUUUACAGUACAUACUUGGUAGUGGGGGUUUUAUCAGUUGCAUAGCUACCAAUUCCAUACUCAUUAACAUUUUAGCAAGCGAUUAUUAUUCUAAAUUAUAAUAAUUAUGAGACAAGGUUGGGUUCUGGCUCUAAAGUGUGGUGUCUGAUUAAGAUAAUGUAGUGGCAGAUUAAGAUAAUGGAGUGUCAAAUUAAAUAUAAUGUGGUGUCAGAUUAAAUAUAAUGUGGUGUCAGAUUAAAGAUAACAUGGUGUCAGAUUAAAGAUAAUGUAGUGUCAGAUUAAAGAUAACAUGGUGUCAGAUUAAGAUAAUGUGGUGUCAGAUUAAGAUAACAUGGUGUCAGAUUAAAGAUAAUGCAGUGGCAGAUUAAAGAUAAUGGAGUGUCAUAUUAAAUAUAAUGUGGUAUCAGAUUAAAGGUAACGUGGUGUCAGAUUAAGAUAACGUGGUGUCAGAUUAAAGAUAACGCCACGUCAGAUUGAUGGUGUAGGUUACAUGUUAAAAUAUUGUCCUAAUAAGAGUUUCAUUGACCACUGUUCAUUGAGGCGUUGUGUGUAUCU